CACGCCCCCAGGUCCCUUUUUCUUUGUACUACAAGUGAUGAAGUUUUUUUUCCAGAUCACAUGAGCCAGGAUGAAGGGGGAAAAUCCUGCCAGGAACAGAGAUGGGCUGCAGCUUGAACCUGAUCAAGCGGAGAUACAGAGCAGUACCCUGAGAGCUAUAUAAGAAUGUGCUCAGCACAAGAGCAAACACUUUUUCAGGUGAAGGACUCUCAUGAAUCAGCCAUGCAUGAGAAUGAAGACACCGUUUCAAGGAGGCUUGGAGCCACUAACAAAACAAGUUUGUAUUUCACCAUCGCUACCCUUGUUGUGUUACUCGUCUUUGCAUUAGCCACCAUCAUGGUCUUAGUUGUUCAGAGGACGGCAGCUGAUCCUGCCAUGGAGGGCAUUGCAAAACCUAUCACGACAGGGAACACCUCCGAAGACUAUUUAAGAAUCCUACAGAAUGUCCCGACCAAGAGAGCCGCUGCGUACAUGAGAGUGUCCAAUCCAGUAAACAGUUCAAAACUGAGCUUGGUCGAGAAGGGUAUUUGUGAAGACAUCCAGUGCAAGAGCGAAGAGCUGGUGAUAAGGAAACAAGGCCUCUACUUGAUCUAUUGCCACUUGAACUUUCAUUUUCCCAACUGUUCAAACAGCCCUACCGACCUCAAGAUAGAGCUCCUUGUAAAUGACAAAGUCCACAGGCAAACAUUAUCCACAUGGUGCGCAUCAGAAACAUGCCAAGAAAAGACUUUUAAGACCUUGUUCCAGCUCCAUUUGACUUACCUGAAUGUGAAGGACCGAAUAUCAGUAACACUUAAUCAUCCUAAAUUCUUGAAUGAAAUCUCUCUUCCCAAUGAAAACGUUCUUGGGGUCUUGAGGUACAGCGAUGAAAUGUGAGCAGCUCUCUGACUUCCCACUGCUGCCCAGACUUAACUUUCUCUGAACAACAGUAGCCUGCUUUUACUAGGCAAUAUCUUAUUUUAAAUUUCCUAUCUUACCUCAUCACUAGGGUAAACAAGGAACUUUGUGAGUGUCCCAGAACGAAACCUAAAACACUGCAAGACCCACACCUGACAGAUUCCUCUGGUUUGGCUCAGGGUAGGAUUGUUGUUGGAUUAUCCAGAAUAUAACCCACAGAUCUGCCAAUGGUUCCUCUAAACGAUACUAUGUAAGCACAGAUUAAAAGGUAACCAGAUUAUGGGAAGAAUACGCAAUAUCGAGACUUUUUGGCUAAUGGACUGCUGGCAAGGUGCCUGUGCUCAGGAGAUGGGGAAAUCUUUUUAACUGAAUUUUAUGGAGUAGUAUUUUGAUGUGGUCUUUCCAAAAAACUGACAGUCAGAGCUUGUAAUCAAGGCUUUCUUUACAACUGGAGCACGCAACCACAACUCUGGAGUAGGUUUAUGGAUAGAUCAUACGAAAGCAAAGAUGAUGAAAUUAUUGACUCUCAGGCUGGUAGCUAAAACUCUGGGACAGGACAUAGGAGAUGUGGAACUUACGGGAUAUUUCUGUGCUGCAUUCUGCUAUGGACUUUAUGCAAUUUACUUCCAAGUGUCUUCCUUUUCACUAUUUAUCUAUCUUUUCUAUUUAAAUAUUAAGCCUUUUGGGGAAGAGACUUUGUGUAUGCACAGUGCUCAGCCUCUGUUCUCACCUGGGGUUUCUAGACCUUUUCAUAACAAAUAUUAAAAUAGUAAUCUAGUUGCAAAUCUGGCCACAUAGCAAAGUUCAUUAUGACACAUUUUCCUCAAUUCCUGUCCUGCCCAUUUAACAGUACCCUGCAUGACACCAGACCACCCUGGUGUGUAAAUACACCUCUAACGCCUGCACUUUCUGAAAACCCAAGAUUUAGAUUUGAGGUCCAGACUUUCCCAAAGACAAUUUCAGACCUGGCCCUCAGCUGAGAGCUGUGGUCUUUGAGCAGUCCAGAGGAUAGAUGUUAUUUGAGCUUCUUUGGCUUACUGGAAAGCUUAGAUAAAGACAGAUAAAGGAGUACUCUCAGGCCCUCUUAUUCUAUGAAUUGCAGUAACACAGGCAUUUAUUUGAAAUUUUAUUCUUACAGUGUGGGGAGGGAAGGGAUCAAAAAGUUACAAAAACUGGUACCAGUUCACUCUUUCCUCUUUUCCCUUCAUCCCUGAGAUGCCACCAAGGUCUACUUUCACUGGUAUUUGAGUUUUUCCCCUUGCAUACCUAUACCUUCUUUCUUUUACAUGACUAGAUCUUGGUGAACUGUUCACAUCAAAACAUUUAGUCACAGAUUUAGUUUCUGCCUUCAGAAAUCCAGUGUUUUAUUAUUCAAGCUUACUUUAUGUUGUCAGCUGAUGUAGCUUAGUUUGUGUGAGCACACUCAAAAUACUCCUAAUAGUAGUAAUUUGCUACUUGCGUUAUGUCACCAGAAACUCAUGGUACGUAUUGGUGAGGUUUCGUCCUAUUGACCAGGUGACUUCAAAAUACACAAGAAACUUUCAAAAGGUGAUAAGCAAUUGAUAUGAGUCACUGCUAGAGAUACCUGCUUUCUGUCUUGAUAAACGUUGA